AUUUCCAUAAAAAUUAAUUGCUUUCCGAUUCAAAAUUCAAUGGCUCGGCUUAUCUUUCAUUUCCUUGCCUUUCUCAUUCUAAUCACUAAUGUUACCAUUAUUAGCAUUUGCAAUGGCAACUCUGUUCAUGCGGUCUGCAUUGAGAGCGAGAAAGAAGCACUUUUGAAGUUCAAGCAAGGUAUUGUAGAUAACUCCAACAGACUGGCCUCUUGGCUUUCUAAUGGAGAUUGUUGCAAAUGGACUGGAAUUGUCUGCGACAACAUGACUAGUCAUGUCAUUGAACUCAACCUCAGAACUACUCCAUUGGAGGUCGAUUAUUAUGCGUAUGAUCAGGAAGCUGAUGAGGCUUAUGAGAGAUCAAGGCUAGGUGGUAAGAUAAGUCCUUCUUUGCUCCAUUUGAAGCAGUUGAGUUAUUUGGACCUCAGCAACAAUGAUUUUGGAGGAAUUCGCAUUCCCAAGUUUUUUGGUUCUUUGGGGAGUUUAAGUUUCCUUAACCUCUCCAAUGCAAAUUUUGGAGGGGAGGUUCCUCACCAUCUUGGGAAUCUCUCCAAUCUGAAAUAUCUCAAUCUUAGGGAUAAUUAUUAUUAUGGGUCCACCAUGCAUGUUAAGAAUCUCCACUGGUUGUCUAGUCUUUCUUCAUUGGAGUACCUUGAUUUGAGUUCUGUGAACCUUGGCCAAGCCUCCAAUUGGUUUCAUGCACUAAAUACACUUCCUUCCUUGGUAGAAUUACACUUGUCAUACUGUCAACUUUCCCAACAUCAUCUCCAUCCCAUUGCAAGUUUAAAUAUAUCAUCUCUUGUUGCCCUUUCUUUAUCUCAGAAUUCUUUCCAAAACUUUUCAGUGAUCAAUUGGGUUUUUAGUCUCAAGAAUUUGAUUUCCCUUGAUCUAUUGGGAAAUUUUAUUGAAGGGUCAAUCCCUAAUGGUCUUCAAAAUUUGACUUUGUUGAAACAACUUGAUUUGUCACAAAAUCAUUUCAAUUCCUCAAUACCUGAUUGGCUAUACACUUUUGCUCCUCUUGAGUCUUUAAAUCUUGGGUCUAAUUACAUGCAAGGUGAAAUAUCAAAUAACAUAGGAAAGAUGAACUUUGUUGUUGACCUUGACUUAUCCUUGAACAAGUUUGAAGGUCAAAUCCCAAUUAGGUCAAUAGGAAAUCUUUGCAGCUUGAGGUCACUCUCCUUCUCAAGUGUCAAUUUGAGUCUAGACAUAUCAAAUGUCUUAGAAGUCUUUUCUAUGUGUGUUUCUAAUAAAUUAGAGUCAUUGUCCUUGGAUGAUUGUCGACUUUAUGGACAAUUAACCAACCAGCUAGGAAAUUUUAAAAAUUUGAGAGAGUUGAUUUUGUCAUCUAACUCAAUCUCUGGUUCAAUUCCAAUAUCCAUAGGAGAGCUUUCAUCCUUAAAAUAUUUAUCUCUCUCUCAAAACCAAAUCAAAGGAAACCUUCCUGAGUCAUUUGGUCACCUUUCCAAUUUAGAAGUUGUUUAUAUAUCAAAUAAUUUUUUAAAGGGUACUCUUUCUGAGAAACACUUUUUUAACCUCACAAAAUUGUUAGUUUUAAUCGCAAAUGAGAACCCAUUGAUUUUGAAGGUAGAUCCUGGUUGGAUUCCUCCUUUUCAAAUUCAACUCUUAGAAUUAAGAUCUUGGAAUUUAGGACCACAAUUUCCAUAUUGGCUUGCUUCUCAAAGACACCUUAAAUACUUAGAUCUAUCCAACUCUGGAAUCUCAUGUAUUCUCCCUAGUUGUUUUUUGGACUUGUCUCCUCAUUUGAAAUUUCUAAAUCUUGCUCACAAUCAAAUUCAUGGGAUACUUCCUAAUAUUUCUAGCUUCAAUGAUCCAUUAUCUCAGAUCUUCUCAAGUUUGAGUUACUUAGACCUUUCUAAUAAUCUUUUGUCAGGUUCCCUUUUUAACUUUUUGUGUCUUGAGGCCAAUGAAACAAUGAAUCAAAUGUAUAUUCUCAAUCUUGGCAACAAUUUUUUGUCUGGGGAGUUACCAAAUUGUUGGUCCAAGUGUCCAAAUUUAGGGGUCAUUGUAUUGGAUAACAAUAGCUUUACAGGUGAAAUUCCGAGUUCCAUAGGAACUUUGCAAUUCCUUGAAUUCUUGUAUCUUCGUAAAAACAACUUCUCAGGAGAAAUUCCUUUGUCCAUAAGGAAUUGUACAGCUUUGCAGAGCCUUGAUUUUGGUGAAAAUGCAUUGGUUGGGAAUAUCCCAUCAUGGUUGGGUCAUUAUUUUCCAUACCUGGCAAUUUUGAGCCUUCGUUCAAACAAGUUUUCAGGGCAUAUACCUAGAGAGUUGUGUGCACUCAAUUCUCUCCAUGUCUUGGAUGUCGCUCAUAAUAAUCUUUCAGGGAGCUUACCAAGUUGCAUUAGUAACUUAAGUGCCAUGGUUUAUUUUGUAAAUGGCUCAUCUGAGAAGUACAUUUCAUAUAACUCACCAUCAAUUUACUCACCAUUGCUUUUUAUUGAGAGUGUAUUUCUUAUGAUGAAAGGCCAGUAUUAUGAAUAUGGCAAUACUCUUAAUUUGGUAAGAGUCCUUGAUUUGUCAGAUAAUAGUUUAUCUGAAGGUAUUCCUUGGGAAAUAACUAGGCUUCAGGGGUUGCAAUCACUAAAUUUAUCACACAACCUUUUCACCAAAAGGAUCCCUCCAUGUAUUGGCGACAUGAGUUCACUAGAAUCUCUUGAUCUUUCUGUAAACAAAUUGCUAGGGCCAAUCCCUGAAAGCAUGUCUAGAUUGUCAUUUCUAAGCCACUUGAACUUGUCUGACAAUCAACUGACUGGAAAAAUUCCUUCAAGUACUCAAUUACAAAGCUUUGAUGCAUCUUGCUAUGUUGGAAAUGAACUUUGUGGCCUUCCACUUGCAAAUAAAUGCAAUGAAGUUAAUCAUGUGGUACCUGGCAUUGGAAAUAAUGGGAGGAAAGAUAUGGAUGGAGUUAAAGUGAAUUGGUUGUUUGUUAGCAUGGCACUUGGAUUUAUUUUUGGAUUUUGGAGUCUACUGAUUCCUCUUGUGAUUAGUAGGCAAUGGAGGCAUUCAUACUAUCAGUUUCUGGAUGAGAUGUGGUGGAAAGUCUGUGAUUAUGGGAGUAGAUUUUUUGAAAAUCUUAUGUAGUUUUCCUUAUAGUUGUAUUGUUGUUUGUGUUGUUGUGAUAUAUUACAAUGCAUUACCUCUUUAUUUUUAAGCAAUGUUGUUUCGAUUUUUUGUUACCCCUAAUGAAGCUGUAAAAUAGUU